AUGACACGAGCUCUUGUGACUGGAGGAACCGGCUUCCUCGGAGCUGCCGUGGUUGACAUCUUGCUGGCUCGAGGGUAUCAUGUUGUGACUACUGUUCGUACCCUGGAGAAGGCUCAGGAUAUGCGCACGCAUUUUAGUUCAGACAAGCUGGACUUCGUUAUUGUCGAAGACAUUGCGAAGCUUGAUGCUUUUGACAAAGCCGUUGUCAAUGACCCACCUUUCGAUGCAGUCAUUCAUACCGCCAGUCCAUUCCACUACACCAUCAACAAUAUCAAAAAAGACAUGAUUGAUCCCGCGGUCAAUGGGACAGUUGGAAUCUUAAACUCAGUAAAGAAGUACGCUCCAACAGUAAAGCGUGUCGUGAUCACGUCUUCCUUUGCCGCCAUGGUUGAUGUGAACAAGGCGGUUGGAUGGAAGUGGUCAGAAAGAGAUUGGAAUCCUGUCACUUGGGAGACCGCAGAAGACCCGACAAACUCUGCCGGUCAAGCAGGGUACCGAACUAGUAAAGCACUCGCAGAAAAGGCAGCGUGGGAAUUUAUGGAAAAAGAGAAACCUGGCUUUACGCUUACAACAUUGAAUCCAUCGCUUAUAUUUGGACCUGUCCAGCCAUGGCUCCGAUCUCUUGAUGUUAUAAACACUUCAAAUGAGCGGUUUCGAGAUUUCAUCUCUGGCGCCGCACGUGAGAAAUGCCCUCCCACGGGAUCAUUAUUCUGGGUUGACGUGCGUGAUGUCGCUUUGGCACACGCUUUGGCAGUAGAGAAACCUCAAUCAGCAGGAAAGCGGUACUUUCUAACUGCAGGGAACUUUUGCAAUCGCGAUGUGGUGGAGACAAUUGCUGAAAGUUUCCCAGAAUUAAAAGAUCGCUUGCCAAGUGGUGAUAAGGCACUUGAGGAAGGAUCGUAUCCCCCAGGUGGCCCAAAAUACGGUUACAAUAAUUCUGCGUCGAGAAAUGACCUUGGUUUGGAAUAUAGAAGUUUGAAAGAGAGUGUCGCUGAUACAGUGAAAAGUCUGCAGGCGGUUGGAAUUGCGGCCCAGUGA